AUGUCGCACGCUCAGAUGUUGUCGCUGUACCGCCACAUCAUCCGUAACGCCCGCGUUUACCCGAGCAAGAGUCGGGAUCGUGUGUUGAAGGAGAUUCGCCUUGAGUUCAGAAAAAAUGCAACGGAGAGUGAUCCUGUCAAGGUGGACGAGCAGCGGCAGUUAGCCAUGAAGGGCCUGCAGCAGCUCAUGGUCUACACCAAGAUGGACACCAGCGGUCUGGACAUGAGCGUGACGUUGGAACAGAACCCUCUUGGAGGACCGACGCAACAAUAACACGGAGAUUGCCAGGAGCCUCCGGUGACGCUCGCGUUUCAUCCGACGACGCCGACAAACCAGCUGGAGGUGUCUCAGGCGGAAAACACCACCCACGAAAACGUCCUGAUCGCGGAGCCCCCUCCCUCCUUACUUAGGAAACGCUUUCAUAGGGCCCCACUUUAGCAGGGUUGGGUUUAUGUAGCACUUGGCAACACAUCCACUAAAACAGCAGUUCGAGACUGCUGUUGUUGUGCCCUCAAGUUUUUAGCGGAGGUCAUGAGAUCGCCUGGGACGGGGACUGACUGCGGCACGGUUGGUGGUUUGGUUGUAAAACGUGACGGCCAUUCCUCAACCCCCUUUCGGGUUUCUCUUUUUUAUUGAUGGACGUGUUUUAUCGGGGGGUGGCAUGUGAAGUCUGACGUAGAUAUCCGAAUAUAUGGUUGAAGGACAUUGCCGAGGGGACAUUGCCGAGGGGAGGGCUGAUUUUGUUUUUGUCGCUUUUUUUUUUGGUGUUAUUUUUUGGGCAACCACGGCGGUUGCCUAUACGGAUGGGAGACGACGCCAAUCAUCCUCCUUUUUGGCGACUAGAUUAUCGAGCGUCAGGAUCGAUUUUAUGUUUUUUAUGCC